AUGGCAAAUAAUCGAUUUGUAUCUCGAACAUUUACAAACUCGAAUUCCAUUCGUAAUCAAACAAAUGUGACUAAUCCUCGUUUUGAUAAUAAUCGUAACGAACGUAAUUAUUCACAACAACAGAUUCAAUGUACAAGUGAUGAUUGGGAUGCUGAAAUUGAUGAUAAUAAUGGAAAACAAGAUUUUUUUUCCAGAUCACAGGUAUUUGAUCGAAAAGAUAAUAAAUCUUUCCAAGAUUUUACACAUUCAACAAAUAAUUUCAAUCGUAAUAAUGAUAACUAUUCAGCAAAUAGUUUCAGUCGUAAUAAUGAUAAUUAUUCAGCAAACAAUUUCAACCGUAAUAAUGAUAACUAUUCAGCAAAUAGUUUCAACCGUAAUAAUGAUAAUUACUCAGCGAAUAAUUCCGAUCGUAAUAAUGACAAUUAUUCAGCAAAAGGAAUUUCACGUGAUUAUGUAAUUGAUACAAAUGAUGUAUCUCGUGUAAUCGGUAAAGGUGGUGCAACUAUUAAACAAAUACAAAAAGACAAUGAUGUUCAAAUAAAAAUUUGUAAUGAUCGUCAAAGUCAAUGGGUUGAUGUAACGAUAUCGGGUUCAAAUGAUCAAGCUAUUAAUAAUGGUUUUAAUCAUAUUAAAACUAUAAUAGGUUCUAUUAAAGAAAAAAAUGAAUCAUUUUCUAAAUCAGAUUCUACUGCGAAUAAUUCAUCAUCAUUUUCAAAACCAAAUGAAACUAUGCCGAGAAAUUCGAAUAAUUUUUUCUCAUCAAACAAUCGAAAUGAUCAGAAUAAUUCUUUCUCAUCAAACAAUCGAAGUGAUCAGAAUAAUUUUUUCUCGUCGAAUAAUCGAAAUGAUCAAAAUACCUUUAGUCCGCGUGGCAGAGGUUUUACAGGUCCAUCAAACAAUCGUAAUACAAAUGAAUUUCCAGCUCCUCAAUUUAAAUCCGGUAAAUCAUCUAAUCGUCGUUUUGCUGCAGGUGAUGAAGAAGAUGAAGAUUAUAAUGCAUUGUUUGGUUCUGAUGACGAAAAAUCAAAUAAAUAUAAAUCUGAACAAGUUAAAGAUACUAUGGCAUCGGCUUUUCCUUCGGCGUCAUUAUGGAAUACGGAUGGAAAUAAACGUGUUGACUGGAAUAAAAUGCGUCGAACAGAUACCGCAAAUGAUAUGACAAAAUGGAAAGAUUUUCCACCAGUUAUUAAAGAAUUUUAUCAUGAAUUAUCUGAUAUAGCACAAAUGUCUACUGAUGAUGUUGAAGCAUUACGUUUAGAAAAAAAUAAUAUUGUUGUUUCAUGGUUUGAUUCAUCGGCAAAAGAAGAAUAUGAAAAGAAAAAUAAUUGUCAAUUAACAAUUCCAAAUCCAAUCUAUGAAUUUGCUCAUGCUUUUCAUAAUUAUCCAGAAAUCAUGAGUGAAAUUGCUAAACAAGGUUUUCUUGAACCAUCACCAAUACAAUGCCAAUCAUGGCCGGUUGCUCUACGUGGUCAAGAUUUUAUUGGUAUUGCACAAACUGGUACUGGAAAAACACUUGCCUUUCUAUUACCUGCACUUAUUCAUAUUGAUAAUCAACCACAAACUAAAACACCUAUACAUGGUCCUAAAGCACUUAUUCUUUCACCAACACGUGAAUUAGCAAUUCAAAUUCAUCAAGAAGUACAAAAAUAUAGUUAUCGUGGUAUUCGUAGUGCUGUUAUUUAUGGUGGUAGUAGUCGAAAGAAUCAAAUAUAUCAAUGUGAAACAGGUGUUGAAAUUAUAAUUGCAACACCAGGUCGUCUCAAUGACCUUGUUAUGAGUAAUGUUAUUGAUCUUCGAUCUGUUACUUUUCUGGUACUUGAUGAAGCUGAUCGUAUGUUAGAUAUGGGUUUUGAACCACAAAUUGUCAAAAUUCUUCUUGAUAUUCGACCAGAUCGACAAACAAUUAUGACUAGUGCAACAUGGCCGGAAGAAGUACGACGUAUUGCUUCACGUUAUAUGCAUAAUGCAGUUCAGAUUUACAUCGGUUCACUCGAUUUAGCGGCUGUACAUAGUGUCCAACAAGAUAUUGAAAUUGUUAAAGAAGAAGAAAAAUUUGAUAUAUUACUAGAUUUUAUUGGUCGAAUGGGUCCAGAUGAUAAAGCAAUUAUUUUUGUUGAUCGUAAAUCUACAGCUGAUAAUAUUUCAAGUGAACUUAUUCGAAAACAUAUUUCUUGUCAAUCGAUUCAUGGUGAUCGUGAACAAAGUGAUCGCGAACAAGCACUUGAAGAUUUGAAGUUAGGUACUGUAAAUAUUCUUGUCGCUACGGAUGUAGCGUCGCGUGGUAUAGAUAUUCAAGAUAUAACAGUUGUUUUUAAUUAUGAUUUACCAAAAUCAAUGGAAGAUUAUGUUCAUCGUGUUGGACGAACAGGUCGUGCUGGAAAAACAGGUUAUGCAAUUUCAUUAGUUACACGAGAAAAUUGGUCUGGUGCUGGUCGACUUAUAAAGAUUUUAGAAGAAGCUGGACAAAAUGUACCAGGUGAAUUACGUGUCAUGGCUGACCGUUUUAAAGCAAUGCAAGAUAGGAAACGUGAAUUUGGUGGUGGUCAAAAUCGUUUUGGUAAUCGUGAUAAUGGUGGUGGAGGUCGAUUUUUUGGUUUAGGUUCUAUUAAUCCACGAGGUGGUCAUAAUGGACGUGAUCGUGAUAAAUUACCUUCAAUGAAUUCAGGCAAAUAUUUCUAUUUUGUUUUUAUUUCUUUUUAA